AACGAGUCGGUCCCGUAUGUGUCGGACUAUCACGAUUGGACUGUAUAUUUAAAAUGCGACCUCCGUAGUCGAGUGCGCUAGAGAGCAUUCUUUGGUUUUUCACCGAGAUUCGAACCUACGUUCUCUCUGAGAAUUCCGAAUGGUAGUCACGCACCCACCCAUUCGGCUAUGGCGUGAAAAUAUCAAACAAAGGUUAAAACGACUCUCACCGACUGAUUUAACUACAUAUAAGAUUUACUGCACCGAGGAAAGUUUAGCUACUGGACGAAAUUGCAAAGAUUUUGUAAAGUUGUCAUUUAAACAGAAAUUAUAAUACAAACACUCAAAAACAAUGGAACCAAAUACUGAGACCGCGGAGGUUAAAAAAAAUUUGGAAUAUAGCGAUGCAGUUGAAACCCCCUAUGAGAAAGUCAAAAUAGAAGAUUGUUCCGAUGACAGUGAUCACAUUGAUGGGCCAACCAUUGUCCAAUUGCCGAUCAAAUACUCAAAGGCAGAAAUGAAGACUGAAGCUAAGUCUGAGGAUAUUAUUGAGGAAGUCGGGCUAGACAGCGAUGAAGAGGAAGGCGAAAGUGGUAGCGAUGUGGUAGAAACGGUGAAAAUAAUGGAUAAACCCGAAAUUGCGGCAGUUGUUGAAGAAAACAAUAAUGAGAGGUCAACGAUUUCAUCUAGUGAUGACAAAUCAGUGGGGGUAGAGACAGCCUCCUCUACACUAAUAACUAUGAAAACGGCUGUAACGGAUGUAAAUUUGGUGGCAAGUUCCGAAGUAGCAGAACAGCAACAAGCAAAGGAGGAAAAAGAAAAUGUGAUAGAUGAAGAAAAUGAGGAAGAAGACAUAAAUAGCGGCGAAGAAGCUCACUUGGGAGUCGAGGCUAAGGAGGAGCAAGUAACUACUGACCCCGGUACAACAGAAUUAAAAGUAAAAUUAAAUGAAAAUGCGGCAACAAUGCGAAAAGUAGUUUUAUGUGCUGCGCAACCGCUUAUCGAUGAUACGCAACUUAACCAGCAGCAGCCACAGCAUGUCCAAGGGGAAAACUGGAAUGAAACUAUUAAGAAUAUCAUUUCGGAUGUCGAAUCAAAUAUAGAACAGGAAAGUAUUGCUAUACUGAAGCAAAAGCAGAAGGAGUUGCUAGAAAAACAGCAAGAAUUAGCACAGCAAAUACGUCAACAACAAUUAAUUGCUCAACAAUUAGCCGCUGAAAAUCUAAUCCACCAACAACAAUUAGAGCAACAAAAACAACCAGAACAAGAAACACAAACUAAUCAUACUUCAUUCCAACACCAGCCAACACUAAUCACACCUUAUCAGCCAAAAGGAAAUAUUUCGAAAUAUUCGACAAUCGAGGAAACUAAAGAUGAACAUGGUUACACCCGAAAAACAGAAACUUACGAGUCAAAGGAGUCUUCAAAUGCUACGAAACAUAUUGACUUGCACAAGAUCUUCACUCCAGCAACAGAUGCUGAAGAGAUUUUGCCGAGAAAUAGAAAGCUGUAUUCUUCAUCAGCAUUUUAUUCUCCGGCUUUGCAUCCCACGGUGGAAGAUCAAGUUGAGCUAGCACGCAGAAUAUCACAUUCUUUGAGCGAUAUUAGCAACCAGAAAUCAAAAGGCCAAUCGAUGUACGUGAAUCGUAAAAAGCGCUCCGUUAAGUGGGUGCACGAGGGUGCUGGUCAAGUAACAAAUUUAUAGUGCGCACAUUGACCGACGUAUCGUAGUGCCUUACCGCAGCCCGAAGAGAACACAAAAUUGAGCAAAACUUACCCCGUAUGGAUCAACAGCGUUCUUUUAGUUACAUAUUUGAACAUCACAUCGGUUGGUGCUUGGUUGUAUCUACACAAUGUUGCCAUUGAUAUUUUUGCUUACACUCUUUUUCACACAUCCCCGUUAUCAGUUACAAAUUUUCAUGGUUUAAUAAACCAAAGCCAAAAACCAACAAAUACAAAUAGUUCAUUUAUCUAUAAUUAACAUUAUUCAACAUUGUUUUUAAGUUAUUUUAAC